AUGACACAAGCAGAAUACGAUUCCCAACGACAACCAACUCCAUCCGAAGAACACCCCGACCAAAUCCCCAUCGACGAAGAUGACGAUGACGAACUCAGUGGCCCCCUUCUAAUCGACCGACUCGAAGGCAAUGGAAUCACCAGCUCCGACAUCAAAAAACUCCAAGCAGAAGGAUUCCACACAGUCGAAAGUAUAGCAUAUACCCCCAAGAGACUCCUUACCAACGUCAAAGGGAUCAGUGAAGCCAAAGCUGAAAAAAUCUCCCAAGAGGCGGCAAAAUUAGUUCCGAUGGGGUUUACUACUGCUAGUGAAUUUCAUUCGCGUCGAUCGGAAUUGAUUUGUUUAACUACUGGUUCAAAACAAUUAGAUACUUUAUUAGGAGGAGGGAUUGAGACUGGGGGGAUAACGGAAGUAUUUGGCGAGUUUAGGACUGGGAAAUCUCAAUUAUGUCAUACUUUGUCAGUUACUUGUCAAUUACCGAUUGAUAUGGGAGGGGGAGAAGGGAAAUGUUUAUAUAUUGAUACAGAAGGGACAUUUAGACCUAAUCGAUUAGUAUCGAUUGCUGAACGAUAUGGAUUGAAUCCGAAUGAUUGUUUGGAUAAUGUUGCAUAUGCGAGGGCAUAUAAUGCCGAACAUCAAUUACAAUUAUUAAAUCUUGCUGCUAAAAUGAUGUCGGAAUCACGGUUUUCGUUAUUAAUAGUGGAUAGUAUUAUGUCGUUAUAUAGGACUGAUUAUGCUGGAAGGGGGGAAUUAAGUGCAAGACAAACUCAUGUUGCCAAGUUUAUGAGAACUUUACAAAGAUUGGCUGAUGAAUUUGGGAUUGCUGUUGUUAUUACCAAUCAAGUUGUUGCUCAAGUGGAUGGAAUGGCGGGAAUGUAUAAUCCUGAUCCUAAGAAACCUAUUGGUGGGAAUAUUAUUGCUCAUUCUUCAACUACUAGAUUGUCAUUUAAGAAGGGGAGAGCUGAAACUAGAAUAUGUAAGAUUUAUGAUAGUCCUUGUUUGCCGGAAAGUGAAUGUGUGUUUGCUAUUUAUGAAGAUGGGAUUGGAGAUCCAAGAGUUGAAGAUGAUGAUAAGUAG